GGCGGGCCCGCAAAUAUCGUCAUAGGUCAGGUCGGUGAUCCAGCUUCGACUCUGAAAGCUUGGUGCCCGCUAAUUUACUAUGAUCUAUAAGGAUGGGUACAAAAUCCGCUUGAUACUCCACGACUCGCAAAUUCGGACCUUAUCCCGUUGCUUAAACGGCACCGAAGUCGAGGUUUGCACUCUCGAUUACACUGCUAGAUCUCAUGCACCGAGCACUAAUGGGACCACAUUAACACUCUCAGCAUUCAACCUCGACCGCUUUUCCUAUCGGCAGGAUAUUUCCCGGGACACCAUCCGCGUCUCAAAAACACUCUUGAAAGAAGCGCUCGCCAACAUUACAAUCUCAGCUCUGACCAUCAACAAAUGGUACCAACUAGUCAACGGUACGAUCUCCUACAACUACGCGACAUACCAAUUCAACAACAAAUUCAGCUUCUUCCCACCAUAUGGACUGUCCCAGCUGUUGAUAUUACCGUUAGUCUCGGGAGGGCAUGAGGAUAUUCCUAAGGAGCUUGAGAAGCUCAAAGUCCGUUUUGCGGAGUUGUUGGACGAUAGCGGACCGCCUACUCAAGAGUGCCUCUACUCAAGCAUCCCAUGGGAUCUGCGUAUCAAAAUGCGGUAG